GAGCAGCUCUUCGUUCGGUGAUGUGGCCGCAGCCGAUGCCAUGUCUUCUAGGUCUUUCGGUGACCGAAACCAAGCGUUGGAAUCACUUGUGAAGAAGUCAAUUAUCACUUACAUCGCCGGUAAAGCCAAACACCAAUGCGUUCAUCACAGCCGCGACUCCGGCCGACACUCUUCGGGUCGGGACUCGUCCUCCGGUCGGCGCACCGACGAUAGGGACAGACGGGUCGGCUCGGGAUACCUGUCCUCCUCUUCCUCCACGUCCAUGACAUCCAUUAAACGUCUGAAGACCUCUUCAACGAAAGACUCGCCGUCGAACUCGACCUCAAAGUUGGCCACAAAUAGCCCGCGAGGAGAGCGGCCGUCGUCGGCGGCCAACGAGCCG